AUGUCACAAGAAUUUAGAGUUAGAAAUGUAUUGUUGGAAGCUUUACAUUGUAUUUCAGAGCAAACGGUUAGUGUCAACACAAAAAGUUAUGCGUAUAUUAUGAAUGACGAUGAGUUAGCUGACUUAAUGCACAAGAACCUAAAGGAUCCAAUAAAAGGUACCUUGUUGUUGAUGAUGACAUUUGGAGUACGGAUGUUUGGGAUAGGAAUAAUUCCUAAUAGUAAUAAUGGAAGUCGAAUCUUAUUGACUACUAGGGAAAGUGAGGUAGUGAUGUAUGCAUAUACUAGUAUCCAUGGUGAGAUAAACCUUGUGAAUUUAGGAAACAGUUGGAAGUUGCUUUGUGAUAAAGUGUUUGGACCAGAACAUGGUCAUCCUCCUGAGUUGGAAGAAAUAGGAAAGUAA